AUGGGCCCAGGAAAAGGCAAAUCCAUCCUCCUCAUUAAUGGCCCCAACCUGAAUCUCCUCGGGACUCGCGAACCACAUAUCUACGGACACACAACUCUGGCAGACGUCGAAGAAUCCGCAAAGCAACACGCAGCCUCGCUGGGCGCCACACUCGAGACAUUCCAAUCCAACCACGAAGGCGCCAUUAUCGACCGCAUCCAGGCUGCCAGGGGCCAUGUCGACGGCAUCAUCAUCAACCCGGGCGGCUUCACGCACACGUCGGUUGCCAUCCGUGAUGCCCUCCUGGGCGUGGACAUCCCGUUCGUUGAGCUUCACAUCAGCAAUAUCCACGCCCGCGAGCAGUUUCGCCAUCAUAGCUAUUUCAGCGAUAAGGCGGCGGCCGUCAUUAUGGGGGUUGGGGGUAUAUGGGAAGAAUUUAGAGACACUUGUGAAUGUCAAAUCAUGACUAUUCCUCCCACUUCUAAACUCCACCCGGAAGACCUAGACGAGAUCUACACCUUUGCCGUCGAUCUGGGGAAGCGGGCGGGCAAGAUAUUACUCGACGGCGUCCAGAGUCGCAUCGAUGGGGUUGGCACAGUGACGGGCACUCAUGCAGAUUCGACACACCUGGCAUUUGCCGAAAAGGAUAAUGCGGUCGAUAUCGUGACACAAGUUGACGAGGAUGUGGAGAAAUUCAUCCGAACAACGAUCCAUGAAAAAUAUCCGUCACACAAAUUCCUCGGAGAAGAGACGUAUUCCAAAGGGCAAUCCCGCGAGUAUCUGAUCGAUGCCCAGCCCACCUGGUGCGUUGAUCCUUUGGAUGGCACCGUCAACUACACUCAUUGCUUCCCCAUGUUUUGCGUGUCGAUUGCCUUCAUCCUCGAUCACCGACCCGUUAUCGGCGUCAUCUAUGCCCCGUUUCAGAACCAGUUCUUCUCGUCGUGCAGAGGUCGUGGCGCCUGGUUGAAUGAGAAAAUCCAACUCCCUCUCAUCCGCAAGCCGUCGAUACCCCCGAUGCCUGCUGACGCACCGAGAAAGUGCAUCUUUGCGUGCGAGUGGGGCAAGGACCGUCGGGAUAUCCCUGGUGGAAAUCUGCAUCGCAAAGUAGACAGUUUUCUCAACAUGGCUGCUGAGAUUGGGGGUCGAGGAGGGAAAGGAGGGAUGGUUCAUGGGGUUCGGAGUCUGGGUAGUGCGACGAUGGAUCUGGCGUACACGGCGAUGGGAUCGUUUGAUAUCUGGUGGGAAGGAGGAUGUUGGGAGUGGUUAGACACAUACCUGCUCGUCUAUUCAAAAUCGUUUUCUGAUCUAAGUACCAUAUCUAGGGACGUUGCGGCCGGCAUCGCCAUCUUACUCGAAGCAGGCGGUUUGGUCACGACGGCCAAUCCCCCCGAAGAUCCGGAUACGGCUCCGAUUGAAGACGUUCGACUGGGGAGCCGACUAUACUUGGCAAUAAGACCAGCAGGGCCGUCCCGAACUGAGACCGGCCGGCAAAGUCAGGAAAGAACUGUCCGGGAAGUAUGGCGGCGUGUUCGGCAACUGGAUUACUCACGGCCUGGGGCGUAG